UGCCAUAAUGCCAAGUUAAUGAAAUGUAAACAAGGAAUCCCAUCUGUUACUCACAGGCUGUGAAAGGAAAAAAAAACAGCCCAACACCCAUGGGCUUUACUAGCCUCCUGCAUAGCUCAUUUAUAUUAGAUUUGUACACCCCCUACUGGUGCUUUUUACUCAUUACAAUUUACCUCAGGUUACAAAACAUUUGACACAUGGCUUGUGUAACUGAAAAUCAGCUGUUGUUUGGUAACUGGUAGUUCAGGAGGUUGAGAUGAUCGUGAAUACAGAGCUUAGGCUUUUAAACUUUUAAACAAACUAAAAUUUCAGUCACCUUUCACUCGAAGAUGCCUCCUUCAGGAGCGGAUGCCCAAGCCACAGUUAAAUGGUGGUUAGGGGAAGUACUGGAGGGUCGAGAGGAUCCCGAGGGUUUCUUCGCCAUGUGUGUGUCCAUCCUGGGGCACCGAGAGACCCGCUCACAGUUUCUGUCCCUCAUCGAGCCUCUGUCCACGGGUGACAGACUCCUGCACGCCAGUCUCACCUCCAUCUACCAGGAAUAUUUCACCAAGACUGAAGAUGACGAGCUGGAACUUGCUUUGGCUCUCUCUCUACUGGAUAUGAAAGGUCAACCUCUGCAGUCUCCCAGCCAAGAAACCCAACCGCUGCAGUCUGGAGAUGCUCAAAAUCAGAGAGGAUCUGUUCAGAUGAAUUCCAUAUUAAAGCCUGAAGGAAGCAACUGCACCAAUCAAACUGGAUCCUGGAAGAGAGAGAGUGCACCACAGACAGCCAGAGAGAUGGAGUUUCAAAUAAGUACGUAUCCUAAUAAGCAGACACUCGGGACAGGUCGGACUGUGUGUGUCUCAGAACAGGAGGGAGAUGUGGAUCAAUCACAGAAACCAAAACGCUCUAAGAAUAGGCGGCAGAGGCGAAAAUGUACUGGCCAGCACCUUGUAGGUUUACCCUGUUCUCCAUCAGCAACACCACCAGUGUUACUGUGGUUCAGGAGGGAUUUGCGGCUGUGUGACAAUCCUGCUCUCGUGGCGUCACUAGAAGUGGGUGCACCUGUCAUACCUGUCUUCAUCUGGAGCCCUGAAGAAGAGGAGGGAACAGGCGUUACAGUGGCUAUGGGAGGAGCUUGUAAAUACUGGUUGCAUCAGGCAUUGUUGUGUUUUUGUUCAUCUUUGGAGCACAUUGGCAGCCAUCUUGUCUUCCUCAAGGCAAAUGGGGAGAUGACAAGUGCUGAAUCUUCUCUGAAGGCACUUAAGGAGCUGAUAAAAGACACUGGGGCAAGAACAGUGCUGGCUAAUGCCUUGUAUGAGCCCUGGCUGAAGGAGAGAGACGAUCUGGUAGUAUCGACUCUGCAGAAACAAGGUGUUGAAUUCAGGAUGUUCCACUCUUUUUGUCUCAGAGACCCUUAUUCUGUCACCACAGAGGGCGUUGGCCUUCGAGGAAUAGGUUCAGUGUCUCACUUCAUGAGCUGCUGUAGACAGAACCCAGGGACCGCAGUAGGAGUUCCCCUGGACCCUCCGGUAUCUCUCCCUACACCUGCCCACUGGCCAAAGGGGGUCUGUUUGGAUGAACUAGGCUUGGCACGCAUGCCCCGCAGGAAGGAUGGCACAAUGGUUGACUGGGCAGUGAACAUUAGAAAGACCUGGGAUUUUAGUGAAGGAGGAGCGCAAGCCCGUCUAGAGGCCUUUCUUCAUGAUGGUGUGUAUAGAUAUGAAAAAGAGUCAGGCAGGGCAGAUGCUCCAAACACCAGCUGCUUGUCACCCUAUCUUCAUUUUGGUCAGCUCAGUCCACGCUGGUUAAUGUGGGAUGCCAAAGGAGCACGUUGUCGACCCCUAAAGUUCCAACGCAAAUUGGCGUGGAGAGAUUUGGCUUACUGGCAGCUCACGCUGUUUCCUGACCUCCCAUGGGAAUCCAUCAGACCUCCAUACAAGGCUUUGCGGUGGAGCAGUGAUCGGGGCCACCUCAAGGCAUGGCAGCGAGGACGAACAGGGUACCCUCUGGUCGAUGCAGCCAUGAGGCAGCUGUGGCAGACAGGCUGGAUGAACAACUACAUGAGACAUGUAGUGGCAUCUUUUCUCAUUGCAUAUCUUCAUCUGCCUUGGCAAGAAGGCUAUCGCUGGUUCCAGGACACCCUGGUGGAUGCAGAUGUUGCCAUUGAUGCAAUGAUGUGGCAGAAUGGGGGCAUGUGUGGCCUGGAUCACUGGAACUUUGUCAUGCACCCUGUUGACGCAGCAAUGACCUGUGACCCCUACGGUACCUAUGUUAGAAAAUGGUGUCCUGAACUUGCAGAUCUGCCUGACGAGCUUAUUCACAAACCCUGGAAAUGUCCUGCAUCCAUGCUGCAACGUGCAGGUGUGUUGUUUGGCCAGUCGUAUCCCGAGCGAAUAAUUACAGAUCUCGAGGAGCGAAGGAAUCAGUCUUUGCAGGAUGUAGCUUUGGUGCGCAGGGAGUUUGAACAGUAUGUGGACAAGCGCUCAGGCUGCGAUUUGGUGCCUUUGCCCCCACGCCUGGUCUCUGAGGCUUUGGGUUUAUCACACAAGGAUGGGGCUGUGGUGACACAAGGAAAGCAGUUCCUGUUGCCUGUCAUCACUCGCAUGGAAUUCAAACACCAGCAAGAAGAUCCGGAUGCUGAUGCCACAUCAAACCCCUACAACGCAGUUUUAAAAGGAUACGUGAGCCGAAAGAGGGACGAGACCAUUGCUUUCCUUAAUGAGAGAGACUUCACUGCCAGUGUAAUGCAUGAGGCAAUCCAAAGAAAGGAGAGGCUCAACAGCGAUUAUCGGAGAAUGGAAGGGCUCCCACCGUCUCCUUCACCUCGAGGAAGGGCCAGACGAACUCCAACAGCCAAGGACAGGUUCUCUAUAGUACCCGGUGGGGCAGUCACUUCUCUAAAGUGACCAAGACUACAAACUUUUAAGUCAUUUGCCACAGAAUGUAAACAUAUAACAAAUUUAUUAAGUGUAAAAAUGAUGCCAAAACAUAGUCUGCCAACGUGGAUGGGGAAAAUAUUUGUGGAAACAAAGUAUAUUGCAAGGGGGCUGGGAAAUACUCUCAAAGGU